GGGCUUGACAGUGAUGUCCACCUGAUCUGACUGGGAACUUCUUUUUUUCUGUUUACAAAGGAACUAAAGUUCCUUUUCUUUCAUUGCCCAACUCUGAGCAAUAUAUCUUUCCUGUGCACGGGAAAACCGGGUUGGAUACUGUGUAAGCUGUCAGUGGCCUCUUAAACCCAACAACAAGAGGAAGCUAGUCAUCAAAAGAAACUUUUAAGUAAACUACAUAUUUCCUGAAGAGGAGGAAAAAAUAAGCAAUAUAAGGUUUUGAUUAUCUGCGGUUCCUUGAUGCUAGUGAAGAGCUUUUGAUCCAAGGAAUUAGAGCUACCCCACUCCUCGGAUCAAACCUGAUUACUUCCUAUUUUCCAGCCAUUUGUAGAUGGUGUCAAGUUUACUGUGGGAGAAAUACCAUAAAUAAAAUGUCCUGCAUGGAAAUGCCCAAGCACUUACCUAGCUGGAGAAGAAUGGCAUCACUAGAGAAGUGGGCUUGUGAAGAGCUGGAGAAGUUGGGGAUACACGAUCCUGGAGAUAUUGUACGAUACCUACAGCCCAUAGAAAACCCAGUGGAGGUUGAAGAGUAUUUAAUAUCAAUGUUGGAUGUGAACAAGUCAUCUCAUCAGAAAUUUAUUGAAAUAUUCUUGAAGAAGCAGGAGGAGGCAAAGUCAAAUGUGGACUCCAGGUUUUACCGGAAACCUGAUUUGGAAGAAAAUAUGGGAUUCAAAAUGAGUGAAAACAAGAAAAAACAAAAAAAUUUAAAAGAAAAUGGGGUGCCUAAUGGUAAAAGUCAAAAAGAAUUGCCCUCUGCUGCUGGUUCUAGUAUUCCAAGUUUGUCAGGUGUAGGGAAGAAGAAGACAAAGUUUGUUAACCUAUACUCAGAUGAAGGACAGGAUAGAGAUGUAGUUCUUUUAAGUGGAAGGCACAAGUGUGAUUGUCAAGCAAGUAAACAUAAACUUAUAAACAACUGCCUUAAGUGUGGUCGAAUUGUCUGUGAACAGGAAGGUUCAGGGCCAUGUCAGUUUUGUGGAAACCUGGUAACUACAAAAGAAGAAAAAGAAAUUCUUAGGCGAGGCUCCCGGAAAUCAGAGGUACUUCAAAAACGACUUCUUAGUGAGAAAAAUGCUGUUGUCAUUGAACCCACAGCUGAAACUGGACAACCAUCUGAGACCUUAAAGAAGGCCAUUGAGCACAAAAACAAGCUCUUGGAGUAUGAUCGCACAAGUGAGAAGAGGACCAAAGUUUUUGAUGAUGAAAAUGAUUACUUCAAUAUUAGUUCUCGUUGGCUGAGUCAGGAAGACAAGAUGCGACUUCAGAAACGAGAAGAGGAACUUAGAAGCAAAAUGUAUGAUAGGAGCCAUCAGAAAUUUACUAUUGACUUUUUAGGCCGAAAGGUUGUUGCUGAUGAUAAUAUAAAUGGUAUUUAUGAUCCAGAUGAUCCUUUGGUUAGAGAGAUUCUUGAAGGUAAAACUAAUGACAUAUUUUCAGCCCCAGAUAGAGAAGAGUCUAGCCCAUUAGUCGAGGUAAGUCGCCCUGAGUAUAUGGAAACUGAUGUUAGACCUGGUAAAGGACAGGGUAGUAAGUUCAGAGGGCUUGAUACCAAACUUCGUGUGCAGGACCGUGAACUACAGGAAAUGACAGAUGAAGGAAUGUGUCUGAGCAUGCACCAGCCAUGGGCAUCACUGUUGGUGGCUGGAGUUAAAAGGCAUGAAGGAAGAACAUGGUACUCUCCUCACCGAGGAAGGCUGUGGAUUGCAGCUGCUGCAAAGAUGCCGACUCCAGAUGAGAUUAAACAAAUGGAACAUGCGUACAGUGUUCUUUUAAAGGAUGAGAAUCUGCCAUUUCCACAUCAUUAUCCCACUGGCUGUCUCUUAGGAUGUGUAGAUGUAAUAGAUGUCCUUCCACAGGAAGAGUACCGUAAGGUACACCCUGACGGAGAAAGUGAUAGUCCCUAUGUCUUUGUCUGUGAAAAUCCACAGGAAAUGAUACUCAAGUUUCCAAUUAAAGGGCAGCAUAAAAUAUACAAGUUGGAUCCUAAAAUCCAUCAGGCAGCAAAAAAAGCAGUAAGGGCAAGAGAAGAAUAACAUAUAUGGUAUAGGUCUUAGAUUUUUUUUUUAAUGCACCGGCUGUAUCCCACCAAGGUAGGUGACCUAAAAAGAAAAACCAGAUUUUUUUUUUUAAAUUUAGUAAUUAAUACAGAAAGGAUUACUGGCCCCUUGCUCCUGAGAUUUUUCUUGCACUAAUACUGAAGGAUGGGUGGGGGAAAUUGAUUUGUGUUGUCAGUGCCCUUCUGUAGAGACAGCAAAAAUAUUAGUGAUAUUGAAUGUGUUGCCUUCUUUGGGUCACCCUACCUCAGUGGGAAAAGGCAAAUAUGGGAAGACAAAAAUUUACUUAUUUUGUUAAAAACAGACUUAGUGGACACUAUAAUUGUAUUAGCAGUGUAGUUCUAUUAUUGUUCGUGCAUACAGCACUGAUAUUUGACAACUAUAAUUAAACUGAAUCAAGUAUA